GACAUCUUGCCCAAAAUGUCUCCAACCUGUUUUGCAGAGGACCAGCUGCCCCCUGGCUUCCCCACCAUAGACAUGGGCCCACAGUUAAAGGUGGUGGAGCGAACGCGCACCGCCACCAUGCUCUGUGCCGCCAGCGGCAACCCCGACCCAGACAUCACCUGGUUCAAAGACUUCCUCCCUGUCAACACCACCAACAACAACGGACGCAUUAAGCAGCUCAGAUCAGAAUCCUUUGGUGGUACGCCAAUAAGAGGAGCCCUGCAGAUAGAGCAAAGCGAGGAACCGGACCAGGGAAAGUACGAAUGCGUGGCGACGAACAACGACGGGACUCGCUAUUCUGCCCCGGCUAAUCUUUACGUCAGAGAGCUACGAGAAGUACGGCGAGUCCCGCCCCGAUUCUCCAUCCCACCGACAGACAAUGAGAUCAUGCCUGGUGGCAGCGUGAAUAUCACGUGUGUAGCUGUGGGCUCGCCCAUGCCGUACGUCAAGUGGAUGCUAGGCGCUGAGGAUCUCACCCCAGAGGACGACAUGCCCAUCGGACGCAACGUCUUGGAGCUCACAGAUGUACGACAGUCGGCCAACUACACUUGUGUUGCCAUGUCAACACUUGGGGUGAUAGAAGCUAUGGCCCAGAUAACAGUAAAAGCACUGCCCAAGGCUCCUGGCACUCCGGUGGUGACUGAGCGCACAGCCACCAGCAUCACGCUGACUUGGGACUCUGGCAACCCCGAGCCAGUGUCCUACUACAUCAUCCAGCACAAAUCCAAGUACUCUGAUGACCUGUACAAGGAGAUAGAUGGCGUGGCCACCACCCGGUACAGCGUGGGCGGCCUCAGCCCCUACUCCGACUACGAGUUCAGGGUGGUGGCUGUGAACAACAUCGGACGAGGGCCGCCCAGCGAGAGCAUCGAGGCCAAAACGGCAGAGCAGGCGCCGAGCACCGCGCCGCGGCAGGUCCGGGGUCACAUGAUGAGCGCGACCACGGCGGUCAUCCAGUGGGACGAGCCGGAGGAGCCCAACGGGCAAAUCAUGGGCUACAGGGUGUACUACACCAUGGAUUACAGCCAGCACGUUAACCUCUGGGAGAAGCAGAUGGUUCAGGGGUCUAACUUCGUCACCAUCCAGGGACUCAUCCCGAAUAAGACCUACUACAUCAAAGUGUUGGCCUUCACCUCUGUGGGCGACGGACCCCUUUCUCCUGAGCUGCAAAUCAUCGCCAAGACCGGAGUUCCCUCCCAGCCGACUGACUUCAAAGGAGAAGCCAAAUCAGAAACAAGCAUUUUGCUUUCGUGGAACGCUCCGGCCCAGACGGGACUGGAAAACCAAGUGACCGGAUAUGAGCUCACGUACAGAAAGAAGGACGACAAAGACGAGAAACGAAUCAGCUUCGAACCGACAACCACAUACCUGCUGAAGGACUUGAAGCCCUUCACCACGUACACUUUUCGUCUGGCCGCCCGCAGUAAACAUGGAAUUGGAGCUUACACCAGCGACAUCUCCGCAGAAACCCCACAGACACAACCCGCAGGCCCACCUCAGGAUGUAAAGUGCCACAGCCCCAGCUCGACCAGUAUCCUGGUAAGUUGGCGGCCGCCAGCCGUGGAGCUGCAAAACGGGAUCUUGACGCAGUACGCUAUUCACUACGCCGCCACCGAAGGGGAGGACACCGCCGCUCGCCGAAUCUCUGGGAUCCCUCCGGAGAGCACCAAGUAUCUUUUGGAGAACCUGGAAAAAUGGACUGAGUACCGUGUGACGGUCACUGCCCACACAGAUGUCGGAGCAGGACCUGAGAGCUUGCCGCAGCUUAUCCGAACAGAGGAGGAUGUUCCUAGUGGGCCACCUCGUAAAGUCGAGGUGGAGGCUGUCAACUCUUCAUCAAUUAAAGUGAUUUGGCGCUCACCGGUGCCCACCAAGCAGCACGGUCAGAUCCGAGGAUACCAGGUGCACUAUGUCAGGAUGGUUAAUGGGGAGCCCACAGGACAGCCAGUCAUCAAGGACAUCCUGAUUGAUGAUGCUCAGUGGGACUACGAUGACACAACUGAACAUGAGAUGAUCAUCACUGAGCUGCAGGCCGAAACCACGUACUCAGUCACAGUGGCAGCCUACACAACAAAGGGCGACGGUGCACGCAGCAAACCCAAACUGAUCACCACCACUGGCGCAGUUCCUGAGAAACCUCGCCUCAUGGUCAGUACAACAAACAUGGGAACGGCUCUCCUCCAGUGGCACCCCCCGGCAAUAACCCACGGCCCCCUGCAGGGCUACCGCCUUCGCUUUGGCCGCAAAGACGUUGACCCACUGACUGUUAUCGAGUUCCCUGAGCGAGAGAACCACUACACCACCAAAGAGAUCCACAAGGGAGCCUCGUACACCUUCCGCCUUUCGGCGCGCAACAAGGUGGGCUUCGGGGAGGAGACGGUCAAAGAGGUGGUCACAAACGAAGAAGUACCGAGCGGCUACCCGCAGAACAUUAAGGCAGAGGGAGCCAGCACCUCCACGGUUCAGGUCAGCUGGCAGCCCGUUCUCCUGGCAGAGCGAAACGGUCAGAUAGUGAAAUACGCUCUGCAGUACAAAGACAUCAACAGCCCGCGGAGUCCGUCAGAACUCUUCAUCACUGCCCCGGAAUCAACCGUCCUCCUGGAUGGGCUCAGGGCAGACACUACUUAUGAUAUUAAAAUGUGUGCCUUCACCAGCAAGGGCUCUGGCCCCUAUAGCCCAAGUGUCCAAUUCAGAACACAGCCUGUGGAUCAAGCAGUGUUUGCAAAAAAUUUUCACGUGAGAGCUGCUAUGAAGUCGUCAGUGCUGCUGACGUGGGAAAUCCCAGACACCUACAACCCGGCACAACCUUUUACUAUCCUCUACGAUAAUGGGCAGAGUGUGGAGGUGGAUGGAAAGCUAACACAGAAGCUUAUCACGGGUCUUCAACCAGAGACACAGUACUCCUUCCUGUUGACCAACCGCGGGAACAGCGCUGGAGGUCUUCAGCAUCGCGUGUCCACCAUGACGGCUCCAGAUGUCCUUCGCACCAAGCCCUACAUGAUCGGCAAAACAAAUUCAGACGGGAUGGUGACCGUAGAGCUCCCGUCGGUCCAAACUUCUGAGACAGUAAGGGGUUACUAUAUUGUGGUCGUACCUCUGAAGAAGCAGCGCACUGGGAAGUUUUACAGUCCCUGGGACAGUCCGGACGAGAUGAAUCUGGAAGAGCUACUGAAAGAGAUAAACCGAACGAGCCGAGGCCUUCGCUUCCAGAGGCACGCCGAGCCCAAAGCCUACAUCGCUGCACACUUCAAAGACCUGCCCAAAGAGUUCACCCUGGGAGACGGCAAGAUCUACGACGACUUUGAAAACAAACAACUCCAGAACGGCCAGGAAUACAUCUUCUUCGUGCUCGCCGUGCUGGAAAUGUCUGAAAACAUCAUGUAUGCCACCAGCCCGUACUCCGACCCAGUUGUUUCAGCAGACCUCAAUCCCCAGCCGAUCAUGGACGAGGAGGAAGGUCUCAUCUGGGUGGUGGGGCCCGUGCUGGCAGUUGUCUUCAUCAUAUGCAUCGUCAUCGCCAUCCUUCUUUAUAAAAGCAAACCAGACAGAAAAAGAGCAGAAACCGAAGCCAGAAAAGGCAGCCUUCCAAACAGCAAAGAAAUGCCUCUUCAUCAUCCGACUGAUCCGGUUGAGCUCCGGCGUCUUAACUUCCAGACACCUGGUUCAGGUGCGCCCAGUCACCCCAGUAACCUCCAUUUGUCAAGUAUGGCGAACCAUCCUCCGAUCCCCAUCAUGGAAUUGGCCGAUCACGUAGAGCGCCUGAAAGCCAAUGACAACCUAAAGUUUUCCCAGGAAUAUGAAUCCAUUGACCCCGGUCAGCAGUUCACCUGGGAGCACUCCAACCUGGAGGUCAACAAACCAAAGAACAGAUACGCCAACGUAAUUGCCUACGAUCACUCCAGAGUCCUACUCUCAGCUAUCGACGGAAUCCCUGGAAGUGACUACAUCAACGCUAACUACAUAGAUGGCUACAGGAAGCAAAAUGCCUACAUCGCCACCCAGGGAGCGCUGCCGGAGACGUUUGGUGAAUUUUGGAGGAUGAUAUGGGAGCAGAGGAGUGCCAUCGUUGUCAUGAUGACCAAACUGGAAGAGAGGUCGAGGGUGAAAUGUGAUCAGUACUGGCCCACAAGAGGGACAGAGACCUACGGUCUCAUCCAGAUAACGUUGCUGGACACAGUAGAGUUGGCCACAUACUGCGUCCGGACGUUCGCACUUUUUAAGAACGGCUCCAGUGAGAAGAGGGAGGUGAGGCAGUUCCAGUUCACUGCCUGGCCAGACCACGGGGUACCGGAGCACCCCACGCCGUUCCUCGCCUUCCUCAGACGGGUGAAAGCUUGCAAUCCUCCAGAUGCGGGGCCCAUGGUGGUGCACUGCAGUGCCGGGGUGGGCCGCACCGGCUGCUUCAUUGUGAUUGAUGCCAUGCUGGAGCGUAUCAAGCACGAGAAGACCGUGGACAUCUACGGACACGUAACGCUGAUGCGCGCCCAGCGCAACUACAUGGUGCAAACAGAAGACCAGUACGUCUUCAUACACGACGCGCUCCAGGAGGCCGUCAACUGCGGCACGACCGAAGUGCCCGCCAGAAACCUGUACGCCUACAUCCAGAAACUGACCCAGAUAGAGGGCGGAGAGAAUGUCACUGGCAUGGAACUGGAGUUCAAGCGCUUAGCCAACACUAAAGCUCACACGUCGCGAUUCAUCAGUGCCAAUCUCCCCUGCAACAAGUUUAAGAACCGCCUUGUCAACAUAAUGCCAUACGAGUCCACACGAGUGUGUCUUCAGCCCAUCCGAGGAGUGGAGGGCUCGGACUACAUCAAUGCAAGCUUCAUUGAUGGAUACAGGCAACAGAAAGCUUACAUUGCAACACAGGGACCGUUGGCAGAGACCACAGAAGAUUUCUGGAGAAUGCUCUGGGAGCACAACUCCACCAUUGUAGUCAUGCUGACCAAGCUCAGAGAAAUGGGCAGGGAAAAAUGUCACCAGUACUGGCCGGCAGAGAGGUCAGCCAGAUACCAAUACUUUGUGGUGGACCCCAUGGCCGAGUAUAACAUGCCCCAGUAUAUCCUGAGAGAGUUCAAAGUGACUGAUGCCAGGGAUGGACAGUCACGAACAGUAAGGCAGUUUCAGUUCACCGACUGGCCUGAACAAGGAGUGCCAAAAUCAGGAGAGGGUUUCAUCGAUUUCAUCGGCCAAGUACAUAAAACAAAAGAGCAGUUCGGCCAAGACGGUCCCAUCUCAGUCCACUGUAGCGCUGGAGUUGGUAGAACCGGAGUUUUCAUCACCCUCAGCAUCGUCUUGGAACGGAUGAGAUACGAGGGCGUGGUAGACAUCUUUCAGACAGUGAAAAUGCUACGGACACAAAGACCAGCGAUGGUACAGACAGAGGAUCAAUACCAAUUCUGCUACAGAGCCGGCUUGGAGUAUUUGGGAAGCUUUGAUCACUAUGCAACGUAAAACGCCCAGUAUUGGAAGAUAAAACUGGAGGGCCCUUUGGGAGAAAAAAGAAAUCCAAGCGAGCCUCUCUUCUGAGCCAUAAAUUCCUGCUUGAGAAAGUACUCCUUAAAACUCCUUGCUAACAAUUCAUUUAAGUGUUGGAUGUGCGACAUGACUCGUCAAAAAAUGAAAAAGAUGAUUCCCGGAGGACCAAGUAAUUUCCCCAACAAGCCCAAAUAAAAAGAACCUCAGCUUAAGAUGAGCAUGAGGGGUGGGGGGGGGGAAAUCCUGACUAUCGAAGCAUCAUAGGGAAUUACCUUUUCUUUUUUGCUUCAAGGAUCCAUUUUGGGGCUCAUAAAACUAAAUGAAACCAACGCAAGAAAAAAAAGUCAAUGAACAAUAAUGACGUCGUCAGAAAUGCAUCAGUGAUUAUGACCCAUAACGAGAGACAACGAGAAGCACACCGAAAUACAGGGGGAAGCAACUCAAUGCACAUUGUACAAAAAGAAAAAGAGGAAAAAUUAAAAAAAAAAAAUCAAAUCUGUUUCACAAUCAAGUCCACACAUCACAUCAAGAAGACGAUGCUUGGUCCACAGGAGCAGAACAGACUAAAA